AAGUAGAAAAAAUCGAUUGUUUUGUUUAUAGUUUCCCUGCUGUAAGCAAUUUUAUGGUUUAGAAUUGAGUUUUGUUUUAUUUUAAAUCGAGGAAAACUAAAAAAAUACAAAAUGGAGAGAGGUGAUAUGUGUCAAAGCUUAAUUGAAUGGUUUAAAACAUUAAAUUUAACAGCACCACAUUCCAAUUUAGAAGAACUUUCUGAUGGAGUAGCGCUCGCACAGGCAUUAAAUCAAUUUGCCCCUGAUGUCUUUACAAAUCUAUGGCUGUCUAAAAUUAAUGCUGGUAUUAACUGGCGUUUAAAGAUGAGUAAUUUGAGGAAAGUGAUCGAAGGUGUUUAUGAUUACUACAGCGACGUAUUAAGUUAUUCGCUUACUGAUUUUCCCAGACCCGAACCACAGCGCAUAGCUGAAAAGUGUGACGCUGGCGAAUUGGAACGUCUUCUUCAGCUUGUGCUCGGGUGUGCUGUAAAUUGCCCAACUGGACAAGAUUAUAUUCGACAAAUAAUGUGUUUAGAAGAAUCACUACAGGCUAAUAUAAUGCGAGCUCUCCAAGAUCUUGAGUCGACCUGGCAAGGCGAUUUUCCUUCACGCACUUCGCAAAGUAUAACAAAUUUUGACAAUAAAAUAUUGCAAGAAGAAAGAGAUGCUCUGGCGCAAAAAUGUUUCGAAGCAGAAAAAAAGAACGUAUUGCUUAUCGAAGAAAAAUCAAACAUGCAACAAGAGAUUGCAAAAUUACAGCUUGAAAUUAAACGUCUGCAGUCUGCAACUACUGAGAUUGGAGAUGACGGAGUUUCGCUUGGACCUGUACAAGCUGGUUCCGUACGAUAUUCUGAAGUCAGACGACAACUAGAUCGCAUGAAAGAAGAACUCAUACAGUCAGACGCGUCUAGAGAAGAUAUGAAACUAAAAGUUCAACAGCAGGAGAAAGAAAUACAAACAAUGCAGCAACGUAUCGAUGAGUUAACCAAAACUACUUCCGAGUUAACUCAAUUAAAAGAUGAGGUGGAUGUGCUACGAGAAUCUAAUGACAAAUUAAAAGAAUGUGAAAUACAAUUAGAAACAUAUAAAAAAAGACUUGAGGAGUAUAACGAUUUAAAAAAGAGUAUAAAAAUAUUAGAGGAAAGGAGCGCUGAUUAUGUGCAGCAAAUUAUGCAAUUCGAAGAAGAUGCUAAAAAAUCUGCAACUCUCAAAGGUCAAGUAGAACUCUUCAAAAACAAGAUUCAAGACUUACACACGCAACUCGAUGGAGAAAUGAGCAAAAAUGUUAAAUUGGAGUUUGAUAAUAAGAAUCUUGAAAGCAAUAUUAGUGCAUUACAACGUGCUAAAGAGAGCCUUCUGAAAGAGCGAGAUAACCUUCGUGAAGCUUUAGACGAACUUAAGUGUGGACAACUUUCUGGCAGUUUAAAUGGUAACACUGUUUCUAAAGAACUUCAACCAACAGCUCUUGUGGAAAAAGUACAAAGACUAGAAAUGGAAAAUAAAGCAUUGCGUGAAGGUCAGGGUGGGCAAACAGCUUUAACGCAACUUUUGGAUGAUGCAAAUAAACGUAAUGAUAAUUUGCGCGAGCAAUUAAAAGUAGCCAAUGAACGAAUUCUAUCAUUGUCACAUGCAUCGCAAAGUGGUGAUCCUAAUCUUAAGGAAUUCGAAUUUGGUAAACAAAUUAAGCAACUGAUGGAACUAAAUGAACAGAAAACAAUACAGCUGGAAGAAUCAGUUUCUCAAAAUGUCUCAUUGCAAAGCAAGAUAACGCAAUUGGAGAAUACUCUUACUACCCGCGAGCAAGAUCUCUUGGCUUGUGAUGCUAAAUAUAGAAAAUGUGUUGACAAAGCAAAGGAAGUAAUAAAAAGUCUGGAUCCUCGACUGGCGAAUGCUAUCGAUGUAAAUUUGCUGGAGAGGUCUCAGGAUUCGGAGGACGACCAUAAGGCAGGAAUGAGCACAUUGGAAGAACAAUUGAUGACGACAGCUUUUUAUAGGUUGGGUGUAAAUGCACAGCGUGAUGCAAUUGAUGCUAAACUUGCAUUGUUGAUGGGACAGGGACAAACAUUCUUGGCACGUCAACGGCAAUCUGCACCACGGAAAGCAUUAACAUCAUUCAAAAAUAAAUAGAACUAUGAAACUAGAUAACAUAUUUAAUAUAUAUACAAAAUUUAAAUUCUUUGAGAGUCUUCAAUGUAUUUUUAAUCAAUUAUUUGUGCCUAUCAAUGUAUUGGGUCAAUCAUUAUAUAUUAACAAAUAUUAAUAAUUUAUUUUAUUUACACACCAUA